GGUUGCUGGUUGCCCAGGGAGAGAGAAGUAGGAGAGGGAGGGGGAUUUGCUGCACCUGCAGGGAGAACGGACGAUGUUAGGCCUCCCCGAGUAUCCAGGUGUAGGAUGCUAUUAAGGAAGCUGUGCAGUGUGCACACACCAAGACACGCUCAGUGACUGUUGAUUGACCCAGUCGGUUCAAAGUGGCUGAUUUCUUGCCCCCUUUACUUCCAUCAAGAUUAUACCAUGUCUUACUUCGGGGAGCACUUUUGGGGUGAUAAGAAUUCUGGAUUGGCUGUUUUAUAUCACAAUAUGAAACAUGGACAGCUGUCAGUCAAAGAGCUGGCAGACUUUGUACGAGAGAGGGCUGCUGUGGAGGAAGCAUAUGCGAAGUCCAUGCAGAAACUCUCCAAGAUGGUCAGCAGUGGAAGCCACUUGGGGACAUUUGCUCCAAUGUUGGAGAUGUUCAGGGUUUCCUCAGACAAGUUAGCACUAUGUCACCUAGAACUGAGUAAAAAGCUUCAUGAUUUGAUCAAGGAAAUCAAUCGGUAUGGCGACGAGCAGAUCAAAGUGCACAAAAAGUCCAAAGAAGAGAUGUCUGGAACUUUGGAGGCCAUACAGCUGCUACAAUGCAGUUCCCAGCUGCUACAGAAAUCCAGGGAUAGUUACUGCAGCAGAUUUUCUGAGCAAGAACGACUUAGAAGAGAGGGCUGCCCACAGAAAGAGUUGGACAAGGCAGAACUCAAGACCAAGAAAGCUGCAGAGAAUCUGCGCUGCUCUGUGGAGAAGUACAACUCUGUGCGCAAGGAGUUUGAGGAAAAGAUGCUUCAGUCAGCACAGAGAUUCCAAGAUACAGAGGCCAUUCACCUCAAACACAUGAAGCGUCUUGUUGCUGCAUAUUCACAUUCCAUGGAAGAUACACAUGUGCAAAUUGGACAGGUUCAUGAAGAAUUUAAACAUAACAUGGAGAAUGUGGCUAUAGAGAAACUGAUCAUGAAAUUUGCAGAGAGCAAUGGGACUGGAACAGAUCGUCCAGGAGCCGUUGAAUUUGAAGGUUUCCGUUUCCCUGCAACAAUAGAAGGUGUAAAGCGUACUUGGUCCAAACCUUUUCGGAUUCGAGGUCUUAGCAGGAGAGAGAAAGAGAUUCAUCCCCUUGACCCUGGUGACUUGGAUUGUUCAGACAUUCCAGAUGUAGAUGAAGAAGGUUUUACUAUUCGUCCAGAAGAUAAUUUAAGCCGGGACCCCACUGUUCACUGCUGCUCCUCUAGUGAUUCAGAUUUUGAUGAUGAUGAUGAAGAACCACGUCGAUUUAGGAUUCAGAUUAAACCACAGCAAAGUGGCGAGAGUGAUGGAGAUCAAGAAGCAGAAAUGAAGAGGUUGCGGGAGACUGUAGGGUGCCUGAUACAACCACCUGCAGCAGUGUUAUCUAUGAGACGCCAGAACACACGAACUGCAGUGGGUGGAACAAUGGGAAACACACAUACACUGUCUCACACAGACAAAGCAACAGAGAGCUUAUCCACAGCUUCUCUUGAUAACAGCUCUGACUCAAGUCCUGUGUGUCCACCACUGCCCUCCCAUUCUUUAUUUGGUCCUCUUCUGGAGACUUUGUCAGAGUCUGAUGACUUCACAGGGUGUCGUGCAUAUACACUCGCCUCCAGCCCAUCUCCAUUUUCUUCUUCCCCUGAAAAUGUGGAGGAUUCUGGAUUGGACUCUCCUUUUCACCCCUUCUGUGAUCCUUCCCCGGAAUCCCGUCCUUGGACACCACAUGAUGAUUCAUUCCUUGGAAAUUCCAAAAGGACAGGAACCUCUUGCCUGAACGUUUCUAAGGCCCUAACAGAUCUCAUUAUCACCAGCGACUCUGGAUCUCAAGUUCCAGAGAGAGGAGAUAUGUGGGAGCAGAGCGUUUCUGAAUCUAGUCCCACAGCACCAGUCUCUACAACAUCCUCCCCUAACCACCAUUCUUGGGAACAUUCAGGGCUACAUCUCCCUCCUUGCCCACGAACAGAGCCUCCUGCAGUAAAUUUUCCGGUAAAGGCUCCAUCCCAAUGUAACACUCUGCUGACACCAGGUGUUAUUUCUUCAUCGCUUAGUGACCGUGGUUUCUUCUCCCCCCCAUAUUUAGGAGCUGGGCUUUCAUUGGGAUUAUCUCGUGGUCCAAGCCCAGUAGUUCUCGGGUCCCAAGAAGCACUCCCCGUGGCUACUGCCUUCACAGAAUAUGUUCAUGCUGUGUUUGAAGGUGGAACCUUAGAAGGAUGUGGAGUGCGGAUCAUGGGGGAACUCACCAUGUCCUUUCCUGGCGGGAUUCUUCGUGUGUUUGGAGGAACUCCUACACCGCCCGUGCUCAGUUUCCGGUUGAUCCAUACCUCCUGUGUGGAACAGUUUAUUCCCAACUCUGAGCUUCUGUACAGUGACCUGUCCCAAAGUGACCCCAACAGUCGUGACUUCUGGCUGAAUAUGCCAGGUCUAACCAGCCACCUACAGAACCUGGCAGAGCAACAAACUGCUCCGUACUACAAUGUUACACUUCUCAAGUACCAGGUAUUUAAGCCCGGCCUUUCAGCUGCUCCCCUUCAUCUCUCCUCUUCCUGGAACUGUAGUUCCUCCUCCACAGAGUUUUCUUUGGAGUACAGACAAAAUGUGAGCUUGUGUGACCUGCGUUUCAUUCUGCCCCUGGAAGAACCUCUAUCAAACCUAGAGCCUAAUCCACCUGCUCGCUGCUCUGAAAGAAGAUUGCUGUGGCAAAUACAAGAUACUUCUGCAAGCAAGGAGCAUGAAGGUUGUGGACGACUAUGUGCUAAAUGGCAGACACAUCGUGGGCCUAGCAGACCGUUACCAGCUGCAGCACAGUUUACUUGUGAAGGACGCAUUUUGUCUGGAGUAGAUAUAGAACUAGUGGGCUCUGGAUACAGAAUGUCACUGGUUAAGAAAAGAUUUGCUUCUGGUAAAUAUCUUGUUUGCUGAGAACCUUUGAAUUUGCCUUACUUCAAACCUCACUCUGGAAAUUCUCGUUCCACGCCAUGCUCCUUGGACAUUCAGCUGGAAGAGAUUCAAGCACUCUGCCCUCAUGUAUUUUGACUUCCUGAAAAGGGUUGAAAUAGAAAUAUCAUUUUACAAGAUUACAUCAUGACAACAAGGACAUUUAAAAACAUGAUCUUUUAUUUUAAUUGGAGACUUUCUCUUCAGGAAAUAAGCACUUUAUUUUUUUUAUAAUGCUUAUUGUAUUUUUCCUUUUCUUUCUGCAGCAAUUCUGCUUAUCAAAUUGACAGACAUCCUUAGAGAUGCAAUAUGUGGAAGCUAUUUUAAUAUAUCUCCUAAACACACUAGAUGUUAAUAUGCAAUUUUAAAUGUGUUUUAUAAAUGGAAAAAAAAAAGGCAUAAAUAUUAUCUGUGAAAUGUGACAAGACAUGUAAACCACUUGUACAGUUUGAAUCAGGAUGUGAAUUGUAAAGGACUAAAGCUAUUAGCUAUAAUGUUAGAACACUGGCAGCAAACUGAACUCUGUCAAUAUUUUCCAAUACACCCUAUUUCAUCUUGUAAUGAUAUAUGUGUGAUAGGUCUAGUACAAUGCGGACAAUGUUCUAUACACAAGUAUAUGUAUAUAAUUUUUACUGUAUAAGCACUGGAUACUGUCUGUUUUUGUCCAAUUUGAAGACUUGAAUGUUGAAUCUAUAUUAAUAUAAUAUAUAUAUAAAUAAUUAUACAUGCGUGUACAGAAAAUAAAGUUUGAUGCAUUGA